UUUGUCUGAUUUCCCGCAGCCACAGCGUCGAUGAGAAGCAGUCGAGGAACUCCAUUCUAACUGAAUGGAUUGGUAUGGGGAGAAGCGGACCUCAAAUCUCGGCUAAGCGGCAGCUUUGGGACUGUGUAACGUUGACGAUGGUUGUACUUUCGCUGCUGUUUCGAUCAGCUCACUGCCAGCAGUGUCGAAUCCAGCGCUGCAAUGCGGAGUAUGUGGCUUUUACCUCACCCUCUAGUGGGCUUCAGGAGGACGUGGCUCUGGAUGUGGACUACUGCAUCGCCCUGCGGGCCUAUGCCUUGUGCACCCGCCGGCAGGCACGGAGCUGCCGGGGUGACCUGGUCUACCAUUCGGCUGUCUUCCGCAUUAAGGAGUUAUUCUCUCAGCACAACUGCUCGAGCGACGGGCCCACCUCCUCUGCAAAGGUCCCCAGCACGUCUCGGCCGGCCAUGUCAGAGCUGUGCGACUACGAGAAUCGGGUCCUUGUCUCCGGCUCAGCUGGUCAGCAGAAGAAAUAUGCCCACUGUGGAUUAUUCGGAGACCCGCACCUACGGACUUUCCGAGACGAAUUUCAGACCUGCAAGGUGGAAGGGGCGUGGCCUCUGAUCGAUAACCGCUUCCUGUCGGUGCAGGUGACCAAUGUGCCCGUCGUCCUCGGCUCCAGCGCCACAGCGACCAGCAAGAUCACAGUGAUUUUCAAGUCGUAUCACGGCUGUACAGAUCAGAAGGUGUACCAGGCCACCACAGAAGAUCUGCCGCUUGCCUUUCAGGAUGGAACCCGCAGCGGAGGUGAGAGUGGCAGCCUUACGAUCGUAGAGCGAGGAGGCUCUGGCGUGGGCCGGCAGGUGAAGAUACAGGCCCGUUACAUCGGCACGUCCAUCAUCGUCCGGCGUGUGGGCAGCUACCUGACCUUCGCAAUCCGCAUGCCAGAAGACACCCUGGACUUCUCGGAGGACAAUGGCGGUCUGCAGCUCUGCCUGCACGGAUGCCCACGCAACGAGCUCAUCAAAGAGCACACGCUGGGCCGCCAGCAGCCCCGCCUGCCAGGUGCUGGGCAGGGCACCAACACAGAGUUGGGUCCACUGCGGCCUCCUCACCAAGUCUAUACGGUAGAGCGGGCCACAGCCAAGUGUAGAGAGACUCUGCAGGUGGAGGAUGUGUACUUUCAGUCCUGCGUGUUUGACUUGCUGACCACAGGAGACCCUGAGUUCUCUAUGGCAGCCUACAGCGCUCUGGAGGAUUUAAAGGCGCUGCCACCCAGUAAACUGAAGCAGAAUCCACCAAGGACUCCUCCUCCCCACAACAGAGGGAUGUCACACACAUCAGCAGCAGUUAACAGCGGCUCCCUGCUCGCACUCUUACUCCUCAUUCUGCUGCUUUUGUAAAAAAAAAUUAUAUAUAAAUGAUUUUUUUUUUUAAAGAGUGAAACAUGGAAACAAACAGAACGUGGAAGCAUUACCAGCUUGAGGAAAGAGUGACUUGAGCUCUGACAUAUAUUGUUUUUUUUUAAAUUUGUGAAUGUUGUGAUCUUUUUCUGUUUUUGUCAUUUGAAGGAAUUCACACUCAUAAAAGAUGGUGUUUCUCCCACUUUGCAUUUUUUCUGGGUGAUUCACACAUUGGUCACAUCAUUUUGAAGAAAUGUUGUUUUCACAUGCUCACUAAUAAUUGGUUUACGAAAGAGAUUAGCUUUUGUAAAUAUACAACUCAUCAUAGUGCACAACCUGCAAACACUCCAUGUAUGAAGAUGCAUAUGACUCCAUACUGUAUGUAAGCAGUUUUGUUAUACGGAGCAAUGUGGCUUCUAGAUCCUGUAUAAUCCAGUAAUAUCAAGAGCACUUAAAGGUUUUAACAGCAAGUUUUGUGUAUUUAAAUGUUAUUUCUUUGUCUAUUACAACUAUUCUUUCAGAAUUCUUUAAAUACACAGGAUCCAACAACUGUAUGUAAAAACUACCUAUGCAUAAUAUACGAUGUGUCAGUGUGAUAUUCAACAAUUCUCAGUUCUCAUCUUCUGUAAAAACACUCCCUCUUCAAGCUGUUUGGCUUCCAGUUUUAAAGGUUAAAAAACCCCACAAAUCUUUAUAUAAUAAUAUAUUAAAAGUGUAUAUAUGUGUUUUAUAUUGUGUACAUUUGCCUGUGUAUAGAUGUUUUAACUGUAAUAUGUUUUACAUUUGUUGUGUUUAGUAGGUUAUUUUUGAGUCAUUUUAAGAAAAGUAAAAGUGUUGUGCUGUAUCUGUAAUUUUCUGUAUUAAAGUG